GCAGCGAGCCAUCAGUGCGAUACCUAAUAGCAAAAUUCAUUCGUUUCAUUCAUACUUCACUAUUUGUUCGGUGUACUCCUGCGUUCCUUUUAACCGUCAUUUACUUCGUUUAAAAUCAUUUUUUUUUCUCAUUAUUUACAACGAUUAUUUUUCUUGAUCGUUCUACAACACGAUGGAGUUUAUACUAAGAAUAUUAAUUUUAGUAGGAAUCACAUUCUCUUCCUGGGUUGAAACCUUGAACAACGGAGCUAUAAAUAAAAUUGACCUAAGUGAUAAGUUGAGACUAAGGGGUCUAUAUUGUCCUCGAAUGAUCUACCAGAAAAAAUAUAGUGCUGUUAUGAUACAUAAUGGGGUACAGUCGUCCGGAUGUGCCUCCGUGGAACACAACUGGUAUCUUAGCGAAUCGCCGUUGUUUCAUUUGUGGCAGAAUCCAAUCUUUGAACCCAUAUAUUGCGAUAACACGUGUAAUAGGGACGCUUCCAUUUACGAGUGUAUGUCAAAAAGUCAACCGACCAAUAAGAAUGAGAUUGACAAAGGUCUAAAGUAUAUGUCGCUAUAUGAAUAUCCACCAGCAUCCAAUACUAGUACACCAGCCUAUAGAUGUGCUGUGUUUGUCACUGAGAAAUACGAACACCAUGGGAUUAUGGCAAUUCGGAUGGCACUCAGCUCUGGAAGAGCAAACAGUUUUGAUGUAAAACAAUGUGGAGGUCUAUCGAGUGUGUUGACAAAUAAAGGUAGUAUAUAUGACCAUGAGACGCAAAAAAAAUGGCCCAAGGAUGCUACAUAUGUAUUUAUAAUGGGAGACCUCGAGGCAGACAAAGAAACAUAAUAUUAAUAUUUCAUAUCUUAAUUACAAAAAUUUAACAUUUUACAAAUUGUUUAUAACAAAAUAAUUGUAAUUGGAAAACUGCGCUUUCUAAAAUUUUGCACAAUUAUAGUACUAUAGAUGCAUAUACAAAAAUUUCAAUUAUGUAUUUUUUGAUUUAGAUAAAAAUAUAAGAAUGUCAUAUUAUACUACAUCUUUU